GUCCGUUGCCACAGAAGGAGAUUCCGUCUUGUGAUGAUUUUUAGUGCAUGUUGUGCAUGAGCAGUUUUUGUCAUUAUUAAUUCGUUUUAGUGCUAAAAUGACAGAACAAACAGCCACCGGGGAACAUAAAGUUGGGAGAUGUAUGUUGCACAACUGGGCGGAGGAGAGGGCUGUCGCUGCCCUUGGCCAGGCGGAGAACAGGUUCCAGAUCCAAAGACAAGGUCACAAAGGGAUUCUCACUUUGGACCAGGACACUAAAAUGGAGACUGUGACCACACACAGAACAGACUUCCUCCCUCCGAAGGGCCCAGGGGUGCGGGAGAGGGGCAUCAGGAGUGAGCUUCUGGAAAAACAUAUCACCCUGAUGAUAAGGUAA